AGUGAGAAGGUUCUGUGAGAGGCACUCUAAAUGGACGUAUGCAAGGAAGACAGAGUUGACAAAGAUGACAAAAGACACCAAUCAACAAGAGCUGGCUGCUGUGCUGAAGGACACUCUGGGAGGUCUGGAGAAGCUCGACCGCUUCCUGGAUGCAGUGGAGAAGCUGGCGGUCACCUCACUUCAUGUGUUCACGGAGGAGAACUCAAUGUUACAUCUGCCAGAGGGGAUCAAACCUGAACAUGUUCAGCUUGUCAUCUUUGGUGCACGGAUAAUCUGCCCUCUCCUCCUCGUGUUUAAAAGAGAUGCAAGUGUCUUCUUCCGUCCCAAACUUCAGAAUAUUGAAGUGCUGUCAUAUCAGCUGUACAAAUACAUCGAGACAACCCAGGAAAUCUGUGAGAAGUUAGAGAAAAGCCUCUUCAGCGACACUUGCCCGAAGAUGAACGACGAAACCCUGGUGGACCUGCCUGUGGAUUUGUCUGAAGAUGACGUACAAAGGAUGCUUUGUCACAUUAAUCAGCUCAAGCGAAUCCGGAUGGACCAGCACUCCCGCAUGGUGUUCUUGUUCCAGGAAGUAUCAUGUUCUGGCUUCCUCAGUGAGUUCAGCAAGCGACAGCCCGGGAUGCUGCAGUCUCUGGAAGACCUGGAGCAAUGUGCUGUUCAGCUAGACAGGAUGAAUAAGGGGGCAAAGAUCUCCAGUGUGGCAGGCAGCUCAGUGGGGGCAGCUGGAGGUGUGCUUUCCAUCAUUGGUUUGGCAUUAAUGCCUGUAACAGCUGGACUUUCUCUAGGUCUCAUAAUAGGUGGGACAGCACUUGGAAUUACCAGUGGAGUCAACAGUGUGGUCACCACAACCACAGAGGUUGUGGUGAACCUUAAACAUCAAAACAAAGCCAGUAAGUCUUUCCAGAGCUUCAUGGAGGAUGUGCAGAGUAUCCAGGAUUGUCUGGAGGAGGUGUCCACUCAACCAGCUGUUGACGUUCAAUUGAAUGCAGAAUAUGUCAAGGUAUUCUCUACGCUGUGGAAUGCCCGGUCAGUUGGAAGUCAAAUUAAUUCACUUAUUAAAGAUGUCCCUGCUUUUAAGGCAGUGCAGAAAGGACGAGCAUUACGUAACAUAUCCAGCAUAGCAGUCAAGGGGUCCCUUGCCCUCUCCAAGUCAGCCAGGAAAAUGCUCAUGGGGACCAAUGCUCUCUUUCUUGGCAUGGAUGUCUUCAUCGUCUGUAAAGACAGCAUCAGUCUGUACAAAGGCAGCGAGACUGAGGUCUCACAGUUCAUCAGAGCCAGAGCCGCACUUUGGUGCUCAGAGAUAGACACGUGGAAAAAGAUCCAUGACUUCCUCUGCAAAGGUCUGCAGACAUCAGAGAAUAACAAAGCUGUCCUGGAGAAGCCAUUUUAUCCAGAGAUGUAA